AUGUCGUCCAUGUUCAAAGGUGCCCGCAAUGUUCAAAUACAAGACAGUUCGUUCGUCAUAGUGGAUAACCACGGGAUGAAUGGCCUGCAGCUCCUGCACCGGGAGGUUGUCUAUGGAGCAACGCACGACUCGGCUGAACGAUACCCUCCGCCCAAAUGUCACCCAAAGACUCGCAGGGCCAUCGUUACGGGCAUUAUGGACUGGAUCCUCGACCUAUCGCGACUCUCGAGCAUCCUCUGGCUUCGCGGGCCCGCAGGGUGCGGUAAGACAGCCAUCUCCCAGACCAUCUGUGAGCUCUGCCAGGCCACCCGUGCGCUGGGGGGCAGCUUCUUCUUCUCUCGCCACUCCCAUGGGCGGAACAACUCUACACUCCUGUUCGUCACCAUCGCCUACCAGCUGGCUGUCGCCAUCCCAGAAGUCGGUGUGAGGAUCAGCGAAAUCGUGGCGAACGACCCUUCUAUCGUCACCAAAUCCAUCGAUGUCCAGCUGCGGAAGCUCAUUGUUGAACCAUUGCAGCUUGUGGAACUCUCAGCGCGCCCGGUGGUCAUCGUAAUUGAUGGGUUGGAUGAGUGUCUUGGGGAGUCAAUGCAGCGCCAUAUCGUGCAGCUUAUCGGCUCCGUAUUCGAGCACGGCAUCUUCCCUGUCUGCUUCGUCAUCGCCAGCAGGCCAGAACCAUGGAUCAAGGACGAAUUCGAGUCGGGAUUAUUGACACGUAAUCUACGCCAGGUGGCACUUGAAGAGGCAAACGGCGCAGACGAGGACAUUCGCACGUUCCUCAUGUCGGGGUUCGAGGACAUAUGCAACAGUCCUAGCCAUCGGACUGUAAUGUCCACCAUCCCGAAACCCUGGCCCUCGGGAAACGACAUCGAUUCCCUCGUAGACAGGGCUUCCGGCCAGUUCAUAUACCCUGCGACUGUCCUCAAGUUUGUGGACGACCCCCACUUCCGACCAAUCGACCGCCUUCAAGAUGUCCUCGCUAUUCCUAUGGCGACGACUCCGUCCCUUAACCCGUUUUUCGACCUUGACCAGCUCUACACCGAGAUUAUGUUGACCUGCGCUGACAAGCAGCGAACACUUGACGUGCUUGGCACCCUACUCGUGAUGCUAAGCGAUGGCCUUCCCUUGCAAUGGGGACGGCAUCCGGGGGUCUUGGACGUAGUCGAACAGCUGCUCGGGUUGAGGUCUGGGGAGAGUCAGCUUGCGUUAAGGACGAUCCAUUCUCUUGUCCACGUCUCAUCCUUGUCAGCGGAGCAGAGAGAAACGAUGACGCUGGAUGAAUAUCGACGUCUUAUGCGUCAGCAAUAUGACGCCGUCAAGUUUUACCACAAGACAUUCUCGGACUUCCUCCUUGAUUCGUCCAGGUCAAAAGAUUAUUUCAUCAACUCUGUCGAGCUCUCUAAGACGCAGCCGAGGAUUACCAAGCUCGAGGUGGAUUUCUAUUCGGAGGAAGAACUGUUCGAAUUCCCUCUGCCUACGUGUGUGGAUCUCAAGUUUUUGCGAAGCACCCCAAAUAUGAUUCGAGUGGCUCUCGCAGGACGUGAGGUUGAGAUCCUGGUGUGGGAGAUGUGGGAGCUGUAUAUUAAGACUCCGGACUUUGGACCUGUGGUGGAGUACCUGGGUAGGAUCAAGGCAUUGUCGUAUUUGCGACCGCAGUACGGGCGUGAGUUGAUGUCUGUAUCAAGGUAUUUUGCUAAUACCCUCCAGUAUCUCGAGGUCUUUCCUUCGGAGCCCAAUGUUUGCAACAUACUUCUUGACUUCGCAGUGCUCAUCGGACUAAUCUUUCGCACUCAUUACUCUCUCGAUCCGGACCUAUCCCAUCUCCAGACACCGAAAGAGACAGGCAAGAUCUUCAGCCACUGUCGCGCUCUGCGCUUUAUCGACAUCCAAACGGAUCUGAGUGAUGAGGAGGAGAAAGGCGCAUUCGAGCGCUGGGUCCCUUCCGAGGAGGAUAAGCAACUUGGGAGGAAAGCGAGCAAAGAGGAAUUUACGUGCUUGGAUAUUGGGGAUCAUAUACACAGAGGCUGGUAG